AUGAUUCUUUUUUUACUUCGUCCUCGGCAUAUAGAAUUAAACUUUCUUACGGUACAGAGACAAAAUUAUCAUCUAUAUAUCGAGACACCCCCUCCAUAUCCCACCUUCCACCAGCGACACCCCCUCCACAUCCCACCUUCCACCAGCGACACCCCCUCCAUAUCCCACCUUCCACCAGCGACACCCCCUCCACUUUCCAGUAGCGACACCCCUCCACAUCUCAUCUUUCACCAGCGACACCCCCUCCAUAUCCCACCUUCCACCAGCGACACCCUCUCCACAUCCCAUCAGCGACACCCCCUCCAUAUCCCACCUUCCACCAGCGACACCCCCUCCAUAUCCCACUUCCAGCAGCGACACCCCUCCACAUCUCAUCUUUCACCAGCGACACCCCCUCCAUAUCCCACCUUCCACCAGCGACACCCCCUCCAUAUCCCACUUCCAGCAGCGACACCCCUCCACAUCUCAUCUUUCACCAGCGACACCACCUCCCCAUCCCAUCUUUCACCAGCGACACCACCUCCACAUCGCACCUUCCAGUGGCGACACCCCUCCACAUCCAGACUUCCACCAGCAACAACCCCUCCACCUUCCGGAGCGACACCCCCUCCAUAUUCCACCUUCCAGCAACGACACCCCUCCACAUCUCAUCUUUCACCAGCGACACCACCUCCACAUCCCAUCUUUCACCAGCGACACCACCUCCACAUCGCACCUUCCAGUGGCGACACCCCUCCACAUCCAGCCUUCCACCAGCGACAACCCCUCCACCCUCCAUCAGCGAUACACUCUCCACCUCCCAUCAACGACACCCUUCCACCUCCCACCAGCGACACCCCCUCCACAUCCCACCAGCGACACCCCCUCAACAUCCCACCAGCGACAGCCCCUUCCAACUUCCAGUAG